AUUCCCAUUCUCCCGCCAGCGCGCGAAGGUCCAGGAAAUCCCAUCGAUCAAGAACUUCUUCGAAACCCUAACCCUAGUUCUCCAGGUCCCGAGCGCUAUCUCCCAUGGAGCGCCGGAGGACGACGCUGCUGCUUCUUUUCCUCAUCUUUCUCUUUUCCCUCUCAGUCUACUCCCUCGGCUCGAAGAGCUACUACGAUGUGUUGCAAGUGCCGAAGGGCGCGUCGGAGGAUCAAAUCAAGAGGUCGUACAGGAAGCUCGCUCUGAAGUAUCAUCCGGAUAAGAACCCUGGGAACGAUGAGGCGAAUAGGAAGUUCGCGGAGAUCAACAAUGCUUACGAGGUGUUGACGGAUAAAGAGAAGAGGAGCAUCUAUGAUAGGUCUGGAGAGGAAGGAUUGAAGCAGCAUGCGGCUGGUGGAGGGGGAAGGGCUGGAGGGAUGAAUAUUCAGGACAUCUUCAACAAUUUCUUUGGUGGCGGUGGUAGAGCAGAGGAGGAAGAAGACAAAAUUCCACAAGGUGAUGAUUUAAUUGUUGAGUUGCAUGCUUCAUUAGAAGAUCUUUACAUGGGUGGUUCAUUGAAGGUAUGGAGGGAAAAGAAUGUCAUAAAACCAGCUCCUGGCAAGAGGCGGUGUAACUGUAGAAAUGAAGUCUACCAUAGACAAGUCGCACCAGGAAUGUUUCAGCAAAUGACUGAACAGGUAUGUGAUCAAUGCCAAAAUGUCAAGUAUGAAAGAGAAGGGUAUUUCAUCACUGUUGAUAUCGAGAAAGGAAUGCUAGAUGGACAGGAGGUGGUAUUUUACGAGGAUGGUGAACCUAUUAUUGAUGGAGAAGCUGGAGAUUUGAAGUUCAGGAUCCAAACUGCACCUCAUGACCGCUUCAGAAGAGAAGGCAAUGACUUACAUACAACAGUUACAAUUUCACUGAUCCAAGCUCUGGUUGGUUUUGAGAAAACCAUCCAGCACCUUGAUGAACAUGUGGUUGAAAUUGGCAGUAAGGGAAUAACUAAACCCAAAGAAGUGAGGAAGUUCAGAGGUGAAGGGAUGCCACUGCAUUUGAGUAACAAGAAAGGAGAUGUCUAUGUCACGUACGAAGUUUUGUUCCCCAAGUCGCUGACUGGAGAUCAGAAGACCAAGCUCAACACAGUUCUUUCUUGAAGAUUCAACCUUUCCCUCCAUUUAUAAUUUACAAGAUCAGCUGUUUAAGUUUCACGCUAAAACCCAAUUAUAUAUAUAUUAAAGAUGUAAAUGGUUGUUGUACUCAUUAACUGUGCACCUUCCCUGAUUUCGUUCUCCCGGAUUUGUAAAGAGAAGGCGCACAAUAUAGGAUUUUACAAAGAACUCAAAAACAAA